AUGCAGCAACAACAGGAACAGCAACGGAAAGAGCAAGAAGCGCUGGAACGCAAGGAGAAGUUUCAAACCAAUGUCCGAUCAUUGCUUCAGACUUUCUCUGGUGGCGGAUCGGUCAAUGCUCUCGUCAAGUUGAUCAACGACUACGGUGUCACAGAGGUGGAUGCACCUAUGCGACUGGAAAUUCUGAACAAGAUGCGCGAUAACGCUGGUAACCACUAUUUUCGGGCUUGGUCCGAAAAGCCAGCUGCAGUAGAGAUCACAAGAGAAUGGUUGAAGGCUGCAGCCAAAGGCGAGAAACCCAAUCUUGAAGAGACAAUCAUGCCUCUGUUACACGUUAUCGAUCGGCUUCCGUUCACGUUAGAAACUCUUACUGCGUCGAAGAUAGGCAAGGUUGUUCGUUAUAUUAACAAAGAGACAGCCUUUUCACCAGCCAUCAAGGAUAUGGCCUCCAACCUGGAAAGCAGAUGGCGGCAAAUGUUGACCAAGGCAGGCCCGGACUCCAAGGCGCCGCCUGACAGUGCGGAAGAUCCGAAAUCCAAGAAGCGGAAACUCAAUGACAUCGCCGCCUCCAAGGGGACUGCAGCACCAUCUGGUGCUUCCGCUGGCGCACCUCCGGCGAAGAAGCCUGCAGUCGGAACUGCAACGUCCUCAAAACCCGUAGUGAAAAAGGAGGGAACGACAUCCGUCAAGCCUCCAUCUACAACCAAUGGUCCUAAAGACGCGAAAACCGACACCUCUUUCUUCUCCGCCCCUAAAGCUAAACCGAAAACGAAACUUCCUUCAUUCAAAAAGGCGCCUCUUCCCGCAGGAGCGACUGUGAAGAAGGAAGAGCCCAAUCCCAAUGUGGCGCAACCAUCGGCGGUUGAUCCUUUCCAGGAAUUACUCAAGUCGAUGAAGCCGAGGAAGGAUUCUCCAGCCAUUGGAACGCCGCCGGCAGUAGCAGCGACGCCUCCUGGUCAGGGUCAGGUGGGACAGCCUGGAAUUGGUAAGAACGGAAAGCCGAAGAAGGUGGUGAAGUGGGCACCGGAUGAGCAACUGGAGGCCAUUCGCUGGAUUGAGCGUGCGGUGUAUGAUGACGAUCCCCUUCAUGGAACACGGACGGCGCAUAACUUCCGUGAUUUGGAUAGGGGAGAAGGUGCAGCGUUGCAUACAGCAGUCUUUGAAGAAUUGGUGGAUUGGUCUGAGCCUCAACCUCUUGAACUUGAACCCGACGUCGACCAUCCUCGUGGUCUGCAAAGCGAAGAAGCUGCGAUUCAAGAGAAGCGAGAGCAAACGGCGCUCAGCGCCCUUUACAUGUCAGCCGCCCUGAUCCCAGAAACACCUGGAGAACCUGCUUCGGUGCUAUCUGAAGAAGAGGUUGACGCCAAUGUUACGCAUAUGACGGCUGGCCCGGUGAACGAUUCUGAAUUUUGGGUUCAAGAAGUUGGAUACAUGCAACAUCAGGCAACAGUGCCCUCAGCAACAUCGGUUACGCCAACGCCAGGAGCGACAGCCAAUAAUCCCAAUGUGGCUCUGCUCAUCCAACAGCUAGCGAUGGGAGGGAAUGCGUUAGAACAACAAACUGCCACGAUUAAUUCAGCGGUUGCAGCGAUGCCAUCCGACCAACUUGCACACCUGUUGAGUCAACUGCAAGGGAAUGCCGGGAUGACAACCCAAUAUGGGCAAGCACCAUAUGGGGAUGAUCAGAAUCCGGCGUGGUCGGCGACACCGAACCACUUCCCACCGCCGGCCGAAUACGGACAAGGCUAUCACGACGACUCGGAGCAAGGCCGACAUCAAUGGCGGGUUUCUUUGCACAAGGAAGGCGAGCAUCAAAUGUUCCAUUAA